AUGUCUGCUGCUGGUGCCGUGCGCGUCGCUGUGCGCGUGCGCCCUAUGAACUCGCGCGAGCAUAAAAUGAACGCCAAACUCAUUGUGGACAUGAAAGGCCAGCAAACCACCCUCUCAAACCCGCAUGCAACUGGCCAAGAAGACAUCAAAAAGUUUACCUUUGACCAUUCGUAUUGGUCCUACGACCGCGACGACUCCCAUUAUGCUACUCAGGACCAGGUCUUUGAUGACUUGGGUGGCGACGUCCUCCAGGCCGCCUUUGAUGGUUACAACGCUUGUGUUUUUGCCUAUGGUCAAACCGGUUCUGGCAAAUCGUACACGAUGAUGGGCUACGGCGAGGACAUUGGUCUGAUUCCCCGCAUUUGCGAGGCUCUUUUUGAUCGGUGCACACAGCAAUCUGACUCAGACACAAAGUUCAGUGUUGAAGUGAGCUACCUUGAGAUUUACAACGAAAAGGUCAAGGACUUGCUGGUUGACCCGAAGAUUAGCGAAAAGAAAUCGCUCAAAGUUCGCGAGCAUCCCAAGACGGGUCCCUUUGUCGAUGGCCUCUCUUCCCAUGAGGUUAAGGACUUUGACGCCAUUGCAGCGCUCAUGGAGCAGGGUAACUCCAACCGUACCGUCGCGGCAACUGGCAUGAACGACACCUCGAGCCGCUCCCAUGCCGUCUUCACCGUCAUUUUUAAGCAGGCCUCCUUUGUGGCGGGUGUGCCUUCUGAGAAGACGAGCAAGAUCAACCUGGUCGAUUUGGCUGGUUCCGAGCGUACCAGUGCCACCGGGGCCACGGGCAUCCGUCUCAAAGAGGGCGGUAACAUCAACAAGUCGCUCACCACGCUUGGUCUCUGCAUCUCUGCCCUUGCUGAGCGCACCGGUGCAAGCAGUAAGAAGAAGCAGGGCUCUUUCAUCCCCUAUCGUGAUUCCGUUCUGACCUGGCUUCUCAAGGACAGCUUGGGUGGUAACUCCAAGACCAUCAUGGUAGCCGCCAUCAGCCCAGCCGAUGUUAAUUAUGGUGAAACCCUCAGCACCCUGCACUACGCCAACCGAGCAAAGAACAUCAUCAACAAGCCCACCGUUAACGAGGAUGAAAACGUCCGUCUUAUCCGUGAACUGCGUGCUGAGGUCGACCGCCUCAAGGGCCUGCUCGGUGGGGACGAGGAAAUUCAGCGCCUCGAGCAGGAGCGUGCUGAUGCUCAAGCCGCCCUGACAGCUGCUACCACCGACGAGGAGAAGGCCGAGGCUCAGGAAAAGCUGAACCAGGCUGACAGCGCACUGUCCGUGGCCAAGAAUGCCGACGCCAACGAACUCAAGGCCAAGAUUGAGCAAAGCGAGCAAAUGAUGCAAGUCAUGAUGGGUGAUUGGAAGAACAAGUUUGAUAGCAUGACCCAGAUCCUGGACUCGCGUGGCAUGUCGCUCAAUCAGAGCGGUCGGGCAGUGAGCGUCGAGUCCAAGCAGCCUCACUUUGUGAGCCUCAACCUAGAUGACCCGCUCUCCACGGGCAUCGUGCUGUAUUACCUGCAUGAAGGCUCCAACACAAUCGGCAGCGGUGGCGACGAGGUGGACAUCCCUUUACCCGGUGCCGCAGCUGAUAUUCUGCCUGUGCACUGCGCUGUUGAGUAUGAUGGCGAGGAGCACGUCAUGCUUCACAUUGGAGAGGAUGACAAUGGCCAAAAGGCCCUGGUGACCGUCAAUGGCGUGCAGGUGGACGAAGUUGUAGAGCUGCAUCAAGGCUUUACCGUCACCCUGGGCCAGUCCACCAUGUUUCGUUUCAACCACCCU